GGGCUCGCUUCUGCCUGUGGCUCCGAGCGGAGCGAAGGAGUUGGUACUCGCAGAGUCGGCCGUCGAAGGUCCUCUCGUCCCCCUCGGCACGCCCUGCAGCCUCACUCCAUGCUCCCGACGCUGCCCGGCCCCUCGCCCCUUAGCUGACGGCGCCCGCCUCUCCGGGCAGCACCCAUGCACUGCGCGCUCCGGGAGUCGUAGGCUGCAGCUGCCUGCGGCUCCGGAACCGGCUGUGGCUCCGCGGCCGUGGGGGCGUCAAUGGAUCGCCAUUCCAGCUACAUCUUCAUCUGGCUGCAGCUCGAACUCUGUGCCAUGGCGGUGCUGCUCACCAAAGGUGAAAUCAGAUGCUACUGUGAUGCUGCCCACUGCGUGGCAACUGGCUAUAUGUGUAAGUCUGAGCUGAGUGCCUGCUUCUCUAGGCUUCUUGAUCCUCAGAACACAAAUUCCCCACUCACCCAUGGCUGCCUGGACUCUCUCGCAAGCACUGCAGACAUCUGCCAAGCCAAACAGGCACAAAACCACUCUGGCACGGCCAUGCCCACAUUGGAAUGCUGUCAUGAAGAUAUGUGCAAUUACAGAGGGCUGCAUGAUGUUCUCUCUUCUCCCAAGGGGGAGGCCUCAGGACAAGGAAACCGGUAUCAGCAUGAGGGUAGCAGAAACCUCAUCACCAAAGUGCAGGAGCUGACUUCUUCCAAAGAGUUGUGGUUCCGGGCAGCAGUGAUUGCUGUACCUAUAGCUGGAGGGCUGAUUUUAGUGUUGCUUAUCAUGUUGGCCUUGAGGAUGCUGCGAAGUGAAAACAAGAGACUGCGGGAUCAGCGGCAACAGAUGCUUUCCCGUUUGCACUAUAGCUUUCACGGACACCAUUCCAAAAAGGGGCAGGUUGCAAAGUUGGACUUGGAAUGCAUGGUGCCAGUGAGUGGGCAUGAGAACUGCUGUCUGACCUGUGAUAAAAUGAGACAAGCAGACCUCAGCAACGACAAGAUCCUCUCACUUGUUCACUGGGGCAUGUACAGUGGGCAUGGGAAGCUGGAAUUCGUAUGACUGCGUCUUAUCUGAACUGAGCUUCUUGGACGCUUGAAGGCCUUUGAGUUCCGCUGGACAGGAGCACUUUAUCUGAAGAAAAACAAACUCAUGUAAUCAUCUUUGAGAGACAAAGUGACCUCUGCAAACAGAAUCUUGGGUGUUUCUUCUGAAGGAUUAUUUGCACAGACUUACAUACAGUCAAAUGUAUUUUUUGCUUUGAGAUAAAAAAAAGCAAAGAGAAGACUAUGUACACACUGUUACUAGGGUGAUUUGCAUCUGAGGGAGCUGGAAUGAGUACCUAAAUAAACUAAAAUGUGCUCUAUGUAAGCUCCUACAUCUUGAUUUAUUGUAAAGAUUUAAAUAUAUAUAUAUAUUUUGUCUGAAAUUGAGCAGUGUCUUGUCAUAAAUUAAAAACUAAGAGGGAAGUGUAAGAUACAUGUUAAUUAUACAAAUGAAGAUGUGUCAUUCACAGUAGAGUCUAACUACAGAAUUUGGCUUGACCUUUCCCUUCCCCUUCUCCCCUUCCUCCCUCCUUCCCUUCUUUUCCUCCUCCUUCCUCUUCCUCCCUGCUUCCCCCCUUCCUUCUCUCCCUCCACUUUUCCUACCCUCCCUCCCUCCUUUCUUUUUAAACAAGACCAAAAUCUUGUUUAUUUUUACAUGCAUAUGUGUAACUUUCUUACAGCAUGGAGAAUUUCUAAAUGGACUGCCCAUCAUUUAGUGUCUUACCCACAUUUUUUGUUUGGAUCAUUCUAGUUUUUAACUUUCAUCUAAGAGCAAUCUUAAGCAUACUUAUACCAGGUCAGAUAUGAUUGAUCUGUUUCUGAAG